UUGCUGUGCGCAGCUUGUGUUCGCCGCUGGAUCGCAGACGGACGACCUGGCAAACGCGAGUGAGCAAUACGCAGUCGACCCAACCACGUCCACCCCGCGACCGGAAUCGCACGCCACAAUCAACGGAUCGAGGCCGACAACCGCCCUGCCACGCGCCGAUGCAACGGCACUGACCCCCCACGCCGCACGCUGCUCCCCAUGACUUAAAUGGAGAAUCUAUCACUCUCAGAUGCCCCUCACCAAGGGGCCGGUCCGGCGCCCGGAGGAGGCGCUAUCCAGGGACAUGCUGGACGCGGACCUCCGCCUCCCUCUCUGCCUCCGCAGGCGCAGUCGCAGCUCCCGGCCCAGAUGUUUACGACGGCCGCUCAGUUGCUUGAUUUGACAGACAAAAAAUUGAUGAUUGCGUUGCGCGAUGGGCGCAAGCUUAGCGGAGUCUUGCGGAGCUGGGAUCAGUUCGCAAAUCUUGUCCUUCAGUCCACAACAGAGCGACUCUUUGUCCCACCGGGCUCAACCACCGGUGCUCCCGAGGAUCGCGGCCUUUACGCUGACAUCCCUCGUGGCCUUUUUCUCGUCCGAGGCGAGAAUGUGCUCCUGCUCGGCGAAAUUGACCUCGACAAAGACGACGAUCCGCCUCCUGGCUACGACAAGGCAGAGCUAUCACUUGUGGAGGCGCUCAUCAAACGGCGUAAGGCCGAGGAGAAGGCUAGAGAAAAGACGCGCCUUCGCAAGUUGGCUGGUCUUGGAUUCGAAGGGGAGAACAUGGGAGAAGUCAUCUUCUAGCCUGGCAUAGCUGGUCGCAAGGGCGUCGAGAUGAGCUUGCCACCACAUUCGGGCGCGCCAAGGAGGCCAUGCGCAUGGAGCACCCAACCAAGCCGAUAACCAAGCCGAAGUCUCCAAGAUACACGAGCCAGCCGUUCGUGCUUAUCGUCAAGAAUACGGGGGCGGGGGGAAAGCGCAAUAUGAGGAUGGCUUUGAAGGGUUGGCGUAGCGCCUAAGUUAUAGGGCCUGUCGCUGUCCCGAGAAGGAAAAUGAAACGGGGGUUCGGCCAGCAGAAUAUUGUGAAAUGCAGCCGAGCCGGGGGAUAUCAUGGUGGUAGAUCAAACGCAAUGGAUUCUAAAAUCUACAAGUCGGAAAUCAAAGCGACAGAUAUAACGACUUCUAGCUCACAUGGUAGAUUCAAGCUACCAUGAGUACCGACAUCCAAGAUUGUAGUUGAUGAGAUGCCUUGAUUCACGCACCCC